UCGUGGGCUAGUCCAUCAAUUUGGGCCCUUAAAUCACAGCAGGGUCCAAUAGCUUCUUCUUCUCUAUCUUCUCUCCCAUAAUACAAAACCCUACAUCUCUCUCUCUCUCUCUGGCGGCGAGACUCACAAGAACAUCAACAAGCAGCUAUGGGUAUUGAUUUGAUAGCUGGGGGAAAAAGCAAGAGGACUAAGAGGACUGCCCCGAGAUCGGAUGAUAUUUACUUGAAGCUCAUUGUCAAGUUGUAUCGGUUUCUUGUGAGGAGGACUGGGAGUAAAUUCAAUGCGGUGAUUUUGAAGAGGUUGUUUAUGAGUAAAACCAAUAAGCCUCCUAUGUCGCUGUCGAGGUUGAUACGGUUUAUGACUGGAAAGGAGGACAAGAUUGCUGUGAUUGUUGGUACUAUUACUGAUGAUGUUCGAGUGCAUGAGAUUCCUUGCAUGAAGGUAACUGCUUUGAGGUUCACAGAGACCGCAAGGGCCAGGAUUGAGAAGGCUGGAGGUGAAUGUUUGACAUUUGACCAGCUUGCUCUUAGAGCCCCUCUUGGACAGAACACAGUCCUUCUUAGAGGUCCCAAGAACUCCCGCGAGGCAGUCAAGCACUUCGGUAAAGCUCCUGGUGUGCCCCACAGUCACAGCAAGCCCUAUGUACGAUCAAAGGGACGGAAAUUUGAGAAGGCUAGAGGCAAAAGGAACAGCAGAGGAUUUAGGGUUUGAGUUGUAUAAUGGUCACAACACAGACAUUUCCAUGUUUUUCCUGUGCUUGUUUGAAUUUCAUAUUAAGAACAAUUUUGUUAUCUGCA